UGUUGCCACAUCAAACACAGCUCUACAGACAGUGGAAACAAGGAACAGAGCAGCCUCCAAUUUGUCUGUUUUAUUGAGGAGAUAAUCGAGAUGGAUCGGUCGCAUCUCAACUGUCUCAAGUCCUUCAUUCUGUUCCUCAACUUUCUGUGCUGGCUGUGUAGUGCAUUCGUUGUGGCCUUCGGAGAGUUCCAGAUGAUGCAUUCAAAGUUUGCGUCCCUGGUCACGACGUUUUGGCCCAUCUUUCCGGCUAACACUCUAGUGGUGAGCGGGACCAUCAUGACCUGCGUGUGCUACCUGGGAAUAUUGGGCGGAUUCAAGGAAAACCGCUGUAUGCUCAUCACUUUCUUCGUCCUGCUCUUCAUCCUCAUGCUGGUGGAGCUGGCCAUGGCGUGCGUCUUCCUCGUCUACAGCAGAGAGAUCCACACUUAUAUUGAACAUGACCUGAUGAAAAGCCUGGUGAGCUACAGAAACGGCGCUCCAGAGGCCACCAAGAAACUCAUCGACGACUUUGACGCUGUCCAGCACCUGUUCAGAUGCUGUGGCGUGCACGGAUCAGCUGACUGGGGAGAUAAUGUGCCACUUUCCUGCUGCACUAAAGACCCAUGUAACAAUGUCAACUUCACCACCUGGGAUGAGGGCUGUGUGGUGAAACUGAGGGACUGGUUUGCUCACAACUAUCGCAGCACCGGAGCUGGAGUGGUCACUAUGUUCAUUAUCCAGUUAAUUUCCAUGUGCAUAAGUGUGCCUCUCUUCUGCCACCUCAGUCGACAGGGCCUUGGUUACCAGUGAAAACAAAACCUCUGAUCUCUCCUGCAAAUGUAUAUGGAUUUGUAUGUAGCCUUUUCAUGAUUGCACUUAAGGUAAUUAAGUAUCAUUAAGUACAGUAUAUCAUUAAGAAUUGUGUAAAUUGAACAAAACCUUUUCAAAUUUUUCAUCAAUGAUGUAGAUAGGCAUGUGUCUGUAAUAGCAACAAAUUGUAUUAAAUGUUAAAGGUGCGCUGUGUAACUUUUCGGAUGAGGGGCCCGCCACAUGCUUGUCUCCAUGGAGAUGCUAUUUCUCUGUCUGAACAUGUCCACAAUAUGGCAUUUAACUUAUCUAUCUUGCAUUUAUUCCAUUACAGAUGGUUUUAUAGCUCAAAAAAUACAUUUAAAAAUAUGCAUUUUUUUCUGAGUGGGCUCACCUCUCCACAGAUUUUACCUGUAACUUGGUCUGGAGGUGGCACUUACUUGUCUCUAUGGAGGUAGAUAAGUUUAAUUACAUACUGUGGAACAUUAAGGCAAAGCAAUAACAUUUUUAUGAGACAAGAAGGUGAUAGACCCUCCACCAGAAAAAUUACAAAGUCUUUGUGACUUUUUUUUUUUUCUUUAAUAUAAUGAAUGUAUACAUUAAUAAAUACACAGAAUCACA